ACUCGGCUGCAGAUGCAGACGGAGCAGGUGCUGAUAGAGGAACACGCCCUGGAGCAGCAGAAAGCUCUCGCCUCCGGUCCCUCGGAGGACACUGCCUUUGACCAGCGUGCUCGUCGGAGGCUUCUCAAAGCUGAGCUGCCCGAGUACGUCCGGGACUUUGGCUAUGUCGUUCUCAGGAACAUCCACACACACAUCAUGAAGAUCACCAACACCAGGCAGUUCCCUGUGUCCUUUCACACUGACGGACGUGUCCUGUGUGACACAGGUUUCAGCGUGGACCUGGACCAUGUGAAGCACCUGCCCUGCUGCAAGACCAAGACGUUCGAAGUGCGCUUCAACCCACCAAGUGUCAACCUGCCACUGGGAGCGGUGGACAUGCUCCUGCCCAUCAAGGCAGCAGGUUGGGGACAGCAGUAG